AGAGAGUCUCAGGCUUUGUUUGCGUACGUCAAUUCGAAGAAGCAAUCGGUUUUCCCUUUUUUUGAACAUCCUUGAAGUUCGGAGUUCUCUCCUUCUCCGGCAACCACCGUGAUCUCCUCUCCUUCUCUCCGGUUUGAUUGAUCGAAUGGGGAAAAUCAAGAAAGUGAAUCGUAGGGCUCACAUUGCUAGUCCUUAUCCAUCACCACCGUCUUGUUGCAAGAAAGAAUGGGCAGGCUCAACUUGUCCAGUAUGUUUGGAGUCUCCACACAAUGCAGUUCUUCUCUUGUGUUCGUCCUAUCACAAAGGCUGUCGUCCCUACAUGUGCGCAACAAGCAGCCGUUUUGCCAACUGCCUUGACCAAUACAGGAAGUCUUAUGGCAACGAAGACUCAGGACAACCCGAGCUUUUGUGUCCGCUAUGCAGAGGUCAAGUGAAAGGUUGGACUGUUGUGGAAGAUGCGCGUGUGCAUUUCAACUCCAAGAGGAGGACUUGCAUGCAGGAAAACUGUUCCUUUGUAGGAAACUUCAAAAAGCUCAAGAAACACAUGAAGGAAAAACACCCACAUGCUUGCCCGAGAGCUGUUGAUCCAGCUCUAGAAACCAAAUGGAAGAGGCUUGAGAGGGAAAGAGACAGGAGAGAUGUGAUAAGCACGAUCAUGUCAUCAACUCCAGGUGCUGUUGUGUUGGGAGAUUAUGUCAUAGAGCCGCAUAGCCGAGCUGUUUAUGAUGAGGAAGACGAUGAAGAUUACAGUUCGGAUGACUCUUUGAGCAAUGGCAUAUUGGAUCUAGAUACAUGGCACGGACAAAGCCAUCAUAUACGUUUUAUCGAUAUGGAGUCAAGCGACUUCGCAUCAUCUUCUCGAUCCCCUGCUUCUCCAAGCCGUUCGCUUCGCGGUUUGCUCUUCCCAAGGAAUCAGAGGGGCGGCAAUAGAGGAGCAGUAUAAAAGGCUAACAUGACUAGCCAACUAGCCAUACAGGGAAUUGAAAAAAAAACUCACAGUCGUCCCUUUUCUUUUUUAUUUAUUUUUCAUGUAAAUUAUGUGUUCUCUGUAAUUGUAUUCUUGUUUCUGCAUUGUUGUACUCUAAUGAGGCAUGAUCUCUUAUGCCUUUUUCUUUAUUUCCUGUUUUCAUG